CAUAGCAGAAAAAAAGAGAGAGGUCUGCUGGCUGACUGUCCUCUCCGGGGGGAUCGACAGAUAGGCUAGCCCUCCAACCUGGAAAUUCUCUCUUCCUGCCAAACGUUUGUUGUUAAUCUUGCGGGAUUUGGGGAAAAAGAAGACAAGAGCCGGAUAUACCUUUCAUGACGGACUGACAUUUUUUGGUAGCAUUUGUCUGCUUUUUUGUCCCGCUGAAAGUGAUAUUUCAGUUCGGAUACUGAGAGGACGUGAGAAGAAAUACAUGUUCCCAGAAUACAGAUAACCAGGUUUAAGUUUUAGCCCUAGGGACAACCUAGGGAUACGGACAAGGGGAAAGCCAAUCAGAAGUGGCUGAGGUCAUCCCUCCUGACAGACCAUGGGAGAUAGGUCUGGGAGAAAACUAGCUGCUGCAAAGAGACAGACCCAGCUACUGGUGGUGAAGGGUCUGGAGGAUGUGGAGGUGUGUGAGAGCGAGGGUUGCUCCUUCGAGGUGACCCUCAACCUGUCCUACAUAGAUGGCACGUGGACCAAGGACGGGGUCAAGCUCAAGUCCAAGCCUACCUGUCGCAUCACUGCCCAUCGGAAUAAACACACUCUCACCUUCACCCGGGUCACCGUAGGAGACACUGGCCUGUUCUCCUUCCACACUGAUGGUGCCCAAAGCUGUAUUCAAACCUCAGGUCAACUCAUUGUCAUAGCCAGAGACAUCCAGAUCGUGAAGGAAUUGGAGGACGAGGAAGUGACUGAGAGGCAGAGUGUGACCUUCCUAUGCGAGGUCAACUAUGAGAAUGUGGACGGGCGCUGGUACAGAGACAACACCAGGGUCAAACACGGGGACAACGUCAAGAUCCGCCAUGAGGGUAAAACUCACACCAUGUGCUUCAAGUCUGUAAGGCCAGCAAAUGCUGGGGAGAUCAAGUUCACUGCAGACAGGGUCUCGUCCUAUGCAAUUCUCACAGUAAAAGAGCUGCCUGUGCAGAUAGUGAAGCCUCUGAGAGUGAAGAUUGCUAUGUACAAACACAAAGGCCUGCUGGAGUGCCAAGUGUCGCGGGCCAACGCCCAGGUCAGGUGGUUCAAGAACAGGAAUGAGAUCCAGCCCAGCCAGAAGCACCAGAUCGUCAGCGAUGACAUCUACAGGCAGCUCCACAUCCACGACGUGGCCUCAUCUGAUGAGGACACCUACACCUGUGAUGCUGGUGAUGACAAGACAUCCUGUCAGCUGUUAGUGGAGGAGCAGUCUAUCAGCAUAGUGCGGGGACUGAGGUCCCUGGAGGUGACGGAGCCCAGGGAGGCCUUGUUCCAGGUGGAGAUCAGCCUGCGGGCGGGGAGACCCCCCAAGUGGACCCUGGAUGGAGAGGUCCUGGUGGAGGGGCCUAAAGUGAGCAUAGACCGGGAAGGGACCAUGCACACCCUCUGCUUCAGCAGCACAGACAGCUCUAUGACCGGCCCUGUGCAGUUCAACGCCGGGAAGAGCCGCUCUGCCGCACAGCUCACUGUGAAGGAGCGCCCUCUAAAGGUGGUCCAGCCCAUGCCAGACGUGGAGGCUAAAGAGAACAGCUCGGUCACGCUGAGCUGUCAAUUUGCCCCCUCCCCCAGGGUGGUACGCUGGUACAGGGGCCGCACCGCCCUGCAAACGUCCAGCAAGUACAGCAUGAAGACGGAGAAGAGCCAGGCAGAGCUGACCAUCCAGGGUCUCAAGGAGACCGACACCGGCCAGUACAGCUGCAUGGCUGGAGGGUCAAAGAGCACGGCUAAGGUCACUGUGGAGGUGCGAAGGCUUAAGAUCAUAAGGCACCUGGAGCACGUAGAAGUGGAGGAGGAUAGCAACGCCACAUUCACCUGUGAGCUCAACUAUGUGGUCGCCAAUGUGCAGUGGCUCCUGAACGACAACCGUCUUAACGCCAACUCCGUCACCAGGAUCCAAAACAUGGGCACCAUCCACAGCCUCACCAUCAAAAUGCUCCGCCCCCAGGAUAGCAGAGUCACGUUCCAAGCCGGCCUGCUCACCGAGUCCACCUCCCUCAAGGUCAAAGAAAAGCCAGCGGUGUUCCUGAGGUCUCUAGAAGACAUGUCAGGGGAGGAGGAGGGGAAGGUGUGUCUGCAGUGCGAGACCUCUAAGGAAAUGGUCACCCCCAUCUGGAGGAAGGAUGGUAUGGUCCUGGCCAGCAGUGACAAACAUGAGCUGCUCAAGUUUGGGAAGUCCUUAGCGCUCAUCAUCCACAGUCUGAGUAAGGAUGAUGCAGGCCACUAUAGCUGUGACCUGGGCACCAGCCAGACCAAGGCCAAGGUCACUGUACAUGACCUUCACAUCACCAUUGCCCAGCGUAUGAAGACGGCCUCUGUUCUGGAGGGCGAGAGCUGCAGUUUCGAGUGCGUCCUCUCUCAUGAUGUCAUCGACGAGUCCUCCUGGACCCUGAACGGUCAACUUGUGGUCAGCAACAGCCGCAUCCAGAGCGUAAACAAGGGCCGCAAGUACAAGAUGACAAUUAGAGAUGCAACCUUGACUGACGCCGGGGACGUUGUCUUCUUCAUCAAAGACCUCAGCUGCAGGACCAUGCUAUUUGUCAAAGAGAAGCCAGUGCAUGUGUUCAGGGACAUGACGAACGUCAAAGCCACCCCAGGGGAGGAUGCUGAGCUGAGCUGUGAGAUCACCAAGCCUGAGGCCUUCAUACGCUGGCUGAAGAACGGCCAUCAGAUCAGGCACAGCCCCCCCAAGUACGAGAUCAGUGUGGAGGACCACCUGGUACGGCUGGUGAUCACAAACACCUGCAUCAGAGACUCUGGAGAGUACUGCUGUGAGGCAGAUGGAAUUGCCACCCGGGCCAAGCUGGAGGUCAGAGAGCUGCAGCACAUGUUUGCACGUGAGCUGCGGGAGGCACAGGCUGAGGAGAAGAGCAAGGUGACGCUGGAGUGCGAGACGAGGUUGCCGGCCAAGAGGGUGACCUGGUUGAAGGGCAUGGCGGUGCUCCGGGCGGGCAAGAAGUAUGUGAUGAAGCAGAAGGGCGUGGCCCUCUCCCUCACAAUCAGCUGCCUGGAGAAGGGUGACACGGACGUGUACAUCUGCGACGUUGGCACCAUGCAGAGCCGGGCGCUACUGACCGUACAUGGUCAGAAGGUGUUGAUAAUGGAUGAGUUGGAGGACGUUGAGUGUCUGGAGAAUGACACGGUGAUGUUCAGGUGCCGUAUCUGUCCCAGCGACUAUGUUGGGGUCAAGUGGUACCUGGAUGAGACCUUACUGUACAUCAACAAGCUGAAUGAGAUCCAGGUGGUCCCGGGGGGAUACCACAGUUUAACCUUCAAACAGUUGGCCCAUAAAGACUCGGGGACCAUCUCCUUCGAGGCAGGCGACAAGAGGUCCUACGCCUCAUUGCUUGUUAGAGAGAGACGUCCCACCAUUACCAAAGCACUGGAGGACUGUGAGGCCAUUGAGGGAGGCGGUUUGGUGCUGGUGUGUAUCACCUCUAAGCCAUGCCACAUUCUGUGGUACAAAGAUGGCUGCCUAAUGUGGAGCUCCUCAAGGUACUACGUCAGUCGCUCAGGUAAUGAGGCCAGGCUGACAAUCAGGGAGGUCAGUAACAGCGAUGCUGGGGUGUACGAGUGCAGCGCUGGAUCGGUCAGCACCAAGGCCGUCGUCACUGUGAAAGCCAUCCCAGCUGAGUUCACCCAGCAGCUGCAGAGCAUGGAGGUGAAGGAGGGGGAGGAUGUAACCCUGUCCUGUCAGUUCUCCUUGCCGGGGGUUGCGUUCCACUGGAGGAGGGGCUUGGAGAACCUCAGGGCUGGAGAGAGGUACCUGAUAAAGCAGAAGAAGUCCCUCAUCUCUCUGACCAUCACCGGCCCGAAACCAGAAGACUCAGGAGACUACACUUGUCAGUGUCGAGACCACAGAACCACAGCCACCCUCACAGUCCACGCUAUCCCCAUAUCCUUCAAACAACAGUUGAAGAAUGUUCAGGCUGAGGAAGGCAACAGUUUCACGUUGCGCUGUGAGCUCUCUAAACCAGGAGUCCCUGUAGAGUGGAAGAAAGGAGAGGAGCUGGUGAGGCAUGGAAGGAAGUUUCAGAUAAGGAAGAGGGAGACCAUAUCGGAGCUUCAGAUAUGGAAAGCUGUGCCAGAAGACAGUGGAGUCUACAGCUGCCAGUGUGCAGACCAAAAGACCACGGCCACCGUCAAAAUCAGCGCCCUGCCCAUUACCUUCAAAAAAAAGCUGAGGAACGCACAGGUUGAGGAGGGGAACAAUUUGGUGUUACACUGUGAGCUCUCUAAACCAGGAGUCCCUGUAGAAUGGAUGAUGGGAGGAGAGGAGCUGCUGAACAACGGAGAGAAGUUUCAGAUAAAGCAGAGAGAGUUGGUGAAUGAACUGAAGAUUCUGGAUGCGAAACCUGAAGACAGUAAUAUCUACACCUGCGUUUGUGGCAAUGUGGAGACCACAGCCGGUGUUACUGUCACGGCAAUUCCAAUCACUUUCAAGCAAAAGCUGAGGAAUCUGCAGACUGAGGAAGGGAUCACCAUCAGCUUGCACUGUGAGCUGUCUAAAUCAGGGGUCCCUGUGGAGUGGAGGCUGGGAGGACAGAUGAUACUGCAAAAUGGAGACAAGUAUCAGAUGAAGCAGAGAGGUUUGGCACUGGAGCUCAUCAUCAGGGAGGCUCUGCCUGAGGACAGUGGAGUCUACAGCUGUGUGUGUCGAGAUCAGAAGACAAAGGCCACAGUCAAAGUCCUUGCUGUUCCCGCCACCUUCAGAGUGGGUUUGAAGAACCAGGAUGCCCCAGAGAAGGGCAACGUGACCCUGCGCUGUGAGCUGUCUAAGUCUGGCGUCCCGGUGGAGUGGUGGAGGGGGGAGACAGAACUGUCCCAGGACCUGUCAGGGGGAAAGUACCAGAUCAAAGUGGAGGGGAGGAUCGCUGAGAUGACCAUUACCAACGUGCAACCGGAGGACAUAGGAAAAUACAGCUGUGUCACUGGAGACCAGAAGACCACCGCUGUAGUUAAAGUGCAAGCUCUCCCUGUGACGUUCAAGCGCCAGCUCCAGAACGCGAUGAUCAAAGAGGGGGACAGUGGGGAGUUCUGGUGUGAGCUCUCCAAGCCUGGAGCCCCAGUGGACUGGAGGAAGGGGAGAGUCAUCCUGAAGUCUGGAGACAAAUAUGAGAUGAAGCAGGAGGGACGCAUCACUAAACUGCUCAUCCAUAACGUGGAGGAGAGUGACGCUGGGAAAUACACCUGCAAGACUAAAGACACCCAGUCUACUGCUGAGCUGACCGUGAUGGGCCUACCCCCCACUUUCAAAGAACAGCUGAGGAACAUGGCAGUUGAGGAGGGUAAGACUGUGACACUACGCUGUGAGCUGUCUAAACCUGCAGGGUCAGUUGUGUGGAAGAGGGGUGCAGAGCUGUUGAAGAAUGUAGACAAGUACCAGAUGAGGAAGAAAGAUUUACUGGUGGAAUUGAAGAUUAUCGAUGCGAAUCUGGAAGACAGUGGGGUUUACGCCUGUAUUUGUGGUGAACAAAAGACUACAGCCACUGUUACAAUAAAUGUUCGCCCCGUCACAUUUAUAGAAGAGCUGAGAAACGUUCAGGUUGAGGAGGGCAACAAUGUGACGUUGCGCUGCGAGCUCUCUAAACCAGGGAUGCUGGUAGAAUGGAUGAGAGGAACAGAUCUGCUGCAGAACGGAGAGAAGUACCAGAUGAAGCAGAAAAAUGCAACGUUGGAGCUGAUCAUCAGGAAAACCUUACCUGAAGACAGUGGAGUCUACAGCUGCUUGUUGGAAGACCAGAAAACAUUUGCCACCAUCAGUAUCACUGCCGUCCCAGUCACUUUCAAGCAGAAACUAAAGAACCAAGAGGCUCCGGAGGAGGGUAACGUGACGUUGCGCUGCGAGCUGUCUAAAUCAGGAGUCUCUGUGGAAUGGCUGAAGGGAGAGGAGCUACUGAGGGAAGGGAAGAGGUACCAGAUGAAACAGGAGGGGAGGACUGCUGAGAUGGUCAUCAGGAACGUGGUGCUGCAGGACGCUGGGGAGUAUAGCUGUGUCACCGCCUGCAAUGUCAGGACAGCAGCUGACAUCAAAGUUAGGGCCCUCCCUGUAACAUUCACACAAGAGGUCCAGAACGCGAUGAUCAAAGAGGGGGAGAGUGGGGAGUUCUGGUGUGAGCUCUCCAAGCCUGGAGCCCCAGUGGACUGGAGGAAGGGGAGAGUCAUCCUGAAGUCUGGAGACAAAUAUGAGAUGAAGCAAGAGGGACGCAUCACUAAACUGCUCAUCCAUAACGUGGAGGAGAGUGACGCUGGGAAAUACACCUGCAAGACUAAAGACAACCAGUCAACUGCUGAGCUGACCGUGAAGGCGCCUCCCAUCACGUUCAAGGUGAAGUUGAAGAACCAGGAAGUCGAGGAGGAGAACAGUGUGACGUUAUUCUGCGAGCUCUCUAAACCAGGACUGCCCGCAGAGUGGAGGAAGGGGGAGGAGCUGCUGAAGAAUGGAGUGAGGUACCAGAUAAGGAAGAGAGAGGCAACGAUGGAACUGACCAUCAGGAAAGCAGUGCUCGAGGACACCGGAUUCUACAGCUGUGUUUACGCAGAAGCCAAAACCUCGGCCACUGUCAACAUCACUGCCAUACCUGUCACGUUCAAAAUGGGCCUUAAGAACCAGGAGGCCCCAGAGGGGGGCAUCGUGAACCUGCGCUGUGAGCUGUCUAAGGCUGGAGUCCCGGUGGAGUGGUGGAAAGGCAAGGAGGAGGUGAGCCCUGGAGGAAGGUACCAGAUGAAGCUGGAGGGAAAGGUAGCGGAGAUGCACAUCAAGAACAUCCAACCGGAGGACGUGGGGGAGUACAGCUGUAUAUUCGGAGAUCAGAAGACCACUGCUGAAGUCAACGUGAGAGCUGCUGCAUCAGUCUUCUUUGAGAAGGAGCUAGAGAGCAAGGUGGUGUUGGAGGGGACGUCAGUGGUCCUCUCCUGUGAAGUCUCCAGCGUUACGGUCCCCGUCACCUGGAGGAAGGACGCUUGCCUGGUCACAGACGGGGAGAGGUUCACUUUGAAGAAGAAAGGCCCUGUUCACACCCUGGAGAUCCGGAAGUUGAGUCUGGAGGACGCCGGGGAGUACAGCUGCAUCACCAGGGGAAAGAAGACCACAGCCAUGCUAGUUGUGAAAGAGCGUGUGAUGAUCUUGUCAGGACUGAAGGACAUGAAGAUCAUGGCCGGGCAGGACGCAGUGUUUGUGUGCGAGCUGUCCCACAAGGAGGUAAGCGAGUGCGAGUGGUGGCUGGGCUCCAGCCUCCUGCAGAAGAAUGAAAUGAACCAGAUGAGCUGCUUGGGCCACCAGCACCGCCUGGUCCUGACCAUGACCACGCCGGAGGAGACCGGGACCGUGGCCUUCGUGGUCGGGGAGGAAAAGACCUCCGCCCAAUUGUUGGUGCUCCCCAAACCCAAAGUACUCAUUGAGAAGAAGCCUGUGGACAUCGUCAUCAUGGAAGGGGAGAUGGCCACUUUAUCCUGUACGACCUCUGACCUCUUUAGCUCUGUCACAUGGAGAAGGAACAGGAUGCCCCUCCUGAACGGAGAUAAGUAUGAGACUCGAAAGGAGGGCAAGCUCAACCUGCUGCUCAUCCAUGACACGGAACCAGGAGACUCUGGGAUAUACUCAUGUGACACUGGUGACAUGCAGAGCAGCGCCAAUCUGACUGUCAAUGAGCUGCCUCCAUACUUUGAGGAUGAGCUGCAGACUGUGGAGGCUGAGGAAGGGGGCACUGCCUUCCUAUCCUGUGAGCUGUCUAAGCCUGUGGUCCAAGUCCAGUGGAGGAAGGGCCGGCUACCUCUCAGGCCCAACAGGAAGUACAAGAUGAGGCAGGACGGCUGUGUGUUUCAGCUACACAUCCUGGAGCUGAAGAAGGAAGACAGUGGCAACUACACGUGCCAGGCAGGUGGUGUGGAGACCACUGCCUCUGUGACAGUAAAGCCUCCCUCAGACAAGAUAGAUCCUCCCAAGACAAUUCCUCCCACAAAGGCUGCUUGUCCCACUACUCCACCAGAAGAGGCCCGAACUGGCCCUCCAGAGCCAAAGAAACGGGGCAUGACCCGGUCAUCCAUUGUGGAGUCAGAGGAAGACCUGAAGCUUGAGGAAAAAGAGACCGUUGUAAACCCACAUAAGAAACAGUCAUUAAGGUCUAUGGGUAAGGAGACUAAGGUAGACCAACAGGAGAAACAGAAAGUGAAACAGCCAGUAGGUAUGGUGAAGGAUACCAUAGCAGAAAAGACCCGGAAACAGCUAGUACCACCACUGAGGUCUAAAGGGAAGGAGGCAACUAUGGUGAAGGAUUCACAGAUGGACCAGAGGGAGAAAAAGCCAGUGAAACAGCCAGUCAGAGCUAUAGUGACGGACACAGAGGAGAAAAAGACUGAAAUAGACCCAAAGGAGAAAAAGAUAUUGAAAGAGAUUGGGGUAGACCAGGUGGUGAAACAGCCAGUUCCACCAGCGAGACGAGCAUCUAUAGUGUCUGAUGCUGGGGUAGAGUAUGUAGGCAAAAAGCCCAUUCCACCUGCGAGACGAGCUUCUCUUGUUUCAGUUUCAGAUGCUGGGGUAGACCAAAUGGUGAAACAGACAGUUCAACCAGCGGGACAAGCUUCUGUUGUUUCAGUGUCGGAUGCUGGGGUAGACGAAGUGAGGAAACAGCCAGUUUCACCAGUGAAACAAGUUUCUGUUGAUUCAUUGUCGGAUGCUGGGGUAGAGCAUGUUGGCAAAAAAACAGUUCCACGAGCGAGACAAGCUUCUGUUGCUUCAGUGUCGGAAGCUGGGGUAGACGAGGUGAGGAAACAGCCAGUUCCACCAGCGAGACAAGCUUCUGUUGUUUCAGUGUCGGAAGCUGGGGUAGACGAGGUGAGGAAACAGCCAGUUCCACCAGCGAGACGAGCAUCUGUUGUUUCAGUGUCGGAAGCUGGGGUAGACGAGGUGAGGAAACAGCCAGUUCCACCAGCGAGACGAGCAUCUGUUGUUUCAGUGUCGGAAGCUGGGGUAGACGAGGUGAGGAAACAGCCAGUUCCACCAGCGAGACGAGCAUCUGUUGUUUCAGUGUCGGAAGCUGGGGUAGACGAGGUGAGGAAACAGCCAGUUCCACCAGCGAGACGAGCAUCUGUUGUUUCAGUGUCGGAAGCUGGGGUAGACGAGGUGAGGAAACAGCCAGUUACACCAGCGAGACGAGCUUCUGUUGUUUCAGUGUCGGAAGCUGGAGUAGACAAGGUGAGGAAACAGCCAGUUCCACCAGCGAGACGAGCAUCUGUUGUUUCAGUGUCGGAAGCUGGGGUAGACGAGGUGAGAAAACAGCCAGUUCCACCAGCGAGACGAGCAUCUGUUGUUUCAGUGUCGGAAGCUGGGGUAAAGCAUGUAGGGAAACAGCCAGUUCCACCAGCGAGACGAGCAUCUAUAGUGUCGGAUGCUGGGGUAGAGCAGAUAGUUAGGUCUGUUAGAUCUAAAAAGGAGAUUGAUAUAGAAAUAGACCAUCAGGACAAACAGCCAGUGAAGUUUAUGGUGAAGGAGACAGAGAUAGACAAGAGAGACAAACAGCCAGCAAGGUCUACAGUACAGGAGAUGGAAAAACACAAGAUUGCGGUGGAUGGUAACCAAGUCCAUAUCUCAGAGGAUGAGUCCUCCACUGAGGCCCCCACCCAGGUAAGAGUCAACCAGAAGACCAACAAGCCUGUAGUUGCUGUAGCUGGGGUUCCCAAGGGGCUCCCGAUGACUAAGAAAGUAGACAAGACUGAACCUGACAUGGAAAUCAGUGUAGAGGACGAACCUGAGAUGCUGGAUGCCGCCAUCAAGAUCCAGGCAGCUUUCAAGGGAUACAAGACCCGCAAAGACAUGCGGCCAAUCUUCAAGCAGGUGUUCAAGAACCAGAACGUUGAGACCAACGGUACCAUCCAGCUAGCGUGCGUGGUGGAAGGGAAGUCCAACGCAGUACGCUGGCUGAAGAACGGUCAGCAGAUCAUAGGAGACCAACGCCACCGCAUGAACACCUCUGAGGAUGGCGUCUGCACACUGGUGAUCAUCAACAUGUCAGCCAUAGACACUGGGGUCUAUACAUGUGAGGUGGUCAACAAGUUUGGUGUGACCUCAUAUAAUGGCAACAUUACUGUGGGUCAACCUCAAAACCCUCCACCCUCCACCCAGAGGCCUGCAGCCCCAGCACAGCCCUCCACCCAGAGGCCUGCAGCCCCAGCACAGCCCUCCACCCCUUCUGUGCACCCAGUCCUGGCCUCUGUUGGCCCUCUCCAGCAAGCCCAGACCUCCACCUCUGGGAAGGAGACUAUGGAUUCUGUGGAGAGUGAGGAGAUCUCCCUGUGGCAGGCCUACAACCUGACCGAGGAGGAUCCCCGCAAUACCCUACAGGAGAGGAGGAGGGCCUCACUCAUCUCUGCCAGCUCUAUGUCUAGUCCCUCAGACUACGACACAGCUCCAGAUUUCAUAGAGCCUGUUGACAUCACCCCCAAAGAUCCCUGCAGGGAAAAGGAAGAGGACCAGUUACCCCAUAAGGAUAAAGAACAGAAAGUCACCCCUCAACCACCCAAGAGGCAUUUGAAGGUCAAAGCUACUGAUGCCAAGCUGAGGACUCUGUCCCCGAAACACCACUGUGCCCACACGCCUGCUGCUCUCACAGGUUCUUGCUCAGAGUCAGAUGGUGACGAGGACAGAAGAGAGACAUUUGAUGUCUAUGUGGCCAGAGCUAACUGCAACUCUCAACAAGGUGGCAACAAGGAGAGCUUUGUGUUGAAGGAGGGACAGUAUGUGGAGGUCUUGGACUCUGUCCACCCUGAGAAGUGGCUGGUCCGUACCAAACCCUCCAAAAACAGCCCCUCACGCCAAGGAUGGGUCUCCCCUGCAUACCUGGAGAAGAAGAGACAGGAAACAUUCCCACAAGUGAGGACACCACAACAGGAGAUGGAUGGAUCAGGUUCUACAGAGGAAGAGUACAGAAGAACAUUAAGCCAAUUGAUCCAGGGGCUGAUUGAUGGGGAGGAAGAGUUUGUGAAGGAGAUGAAGGACUUUACAUCCCACUACCUGCACCACUUAGACACUAGCCCUCAUGUCCCCAUCAACAUCAUCAACCAGAAAGAAACUAUCUUCCGCAAUAUCAAGGACAUCAUGGCUUUACACGAGAGGUCUAUUCUGCCCAGGCUGAGCGAGUGUUCUACUGAUGAUGACGUGGCCAUGCAUCUGGUCAAACACGCAGAGGACUUUCAGAAGUAUCUGCAGUACAUGAUGGGCCAAACACAGGCAGAGGCCUGUGUCACUGACAAGACCAUCCAGCAGUACUUCAAGAACACGAGAACAGAGCCCGAGCACUCCGAAACUACAGCUCUGGAUGUCAUCACCUUCUUACAGAGACCAGCGGAGAGGAUUCAGACCUACCAGGCCUUGCUCAAGGAGCUGAUCAAGAACAAGGCUAAGUGUGGGAAAAGCUGCUGUCUGCUGGAGGAUGCAUUCUCCAUGGUGUCCUGUCUGCCCUGGCGUUCUGACAACCUGCACCAGGUGUCUCUGAUUGAGAACUACCCUGCCCCACUCACUGCACUGGGAGAACCUGUCCGCCAGGGUCCCUUCACUGUGUGGGAGGAGUCUCCUGAGAUCAAGACGUCCUCCCGGGGGCACCAGAGGCAGGUAUUUCUCUUUAAGGACUGUGUCCUCCUUUGUAAGCUCAAGAGAGACCCCGGCAUGAACUCUGACACCUACGCCUUCAAGAACAAGAUGAAGCUGAAUGAUGUGGAGGUGAAGGAGAUGGUGGGGGGAGAUGAGAAGUCCUGGGAGCUGUGGCAUGAGCACCGCGGCUCAGUGAGGAGGUACACACUGCAGGGUCAUUCCACCUUGCUCAAGCUGUCCUGGCUCAAAGACCUGAGAGAGCUGCAGCAACGCUCCAGCCUGACUACUUCUAGUCCACCAGAGUUCAAAGUUCUCCUGGCUGACUGCACAACAAAGAUCGGGCAGACAAUCAAAUUGGCAUGCAAAGUCACAGGAACACCCAAACCAGUGGUCAGCUGGUUCAAAGACGGCCUGGUCCUAGAGGACGGCCCUCACCACAUCAUCACUGCAGACCGGACAGGAACCUGCUGUCUCAUCCUGGACGGGGUCACUCCCAAGGACUCUGGACAGUACGUGUGCUAUGCCUCCAGCCCCGUGGGUCAUGCUAGCACACUGGCCAAGAUGGUGGUGGACGCACCCCCCAGGUUCAUCACUAGGCUGCAGAGUGCAUGUCUGAUGGAGGGAGAGGAAGUCCAGUUUACCUGCUCCACGCACAGCACACCUCUACCCCGAGUCAGGUGGUUUAAGGAUGCCAGAGAGCUGACAGACCAGAGGAAGUACCACAUAGAGAGUGACGCCCGCAGUGGGAUCCUCACUCUCACCAUAAUGAACCCUGGAGAGACAGACCUGGGACGGUAUGAGUGUGAGCUGUGGAACCAGUUGGGUAGUGCCAAGAGUAAAGCAGAACUGUGUGCCACCUUCACACAAGUGAUUGACAGUGAGCCUGACCAACCACAGGUCCUCUUGACCAACGGUAGGAGAGUUCCACCCAAUCAAGACUCAGAUGGCUGGUCCACUGCCAUGGUGAAACAAUGGCUACAGACAGAUUUCAGCCCCACAUCUAUCGUCAAAAUGCUCUUCCAGCCUGGAUAUGCUAAGCCAGCUGAGGGUGGCCCAGAGGAAAGGGACCCCACCACCAGAGGCCACGUGGAGGUGCCCCAGUUCCCCAAUGAUCUUGAGGAAAGACCCGAGGUUGAGGAGGAACUUUAUGUCCCUGAGACCAUACAGGAAAUGCCAACAGCUCCUCCCUCCACUCAGGUGCCGGCAGAGGACCUGUGUGUGGAGUCUGGCCAAUCAGCUACCUUCACCAUCAUCAUCACAGGAAGGCCAACCCCCGAGAUUCAGUGGUACAAGGAUGGAGAGGAGCUGUUGGCCAAUGAGAAUGUGGAGGUGGUCCAGAAUGGUGCCCGCUGCUCUCUGACUGUACUGUACCCGGAGAGCGAGGAUGGUGGCAUCUACACCUGCUGGGCCUAUAACGACUCCGGACACACAUCCUGUCAGGCUCAGCUCACAGUGGAGGAGGGUCCACUGGAGUCGCAGGAGAGGGAGGUGGAGCUUGGGAAGAGGAGGAAGCUGCUCUCUGUGUAUGACGUCCAUGAGGAGAUAGGGAGAGGCACAUUUGGGGUGGUGAAGCGGGUUACCCACAGGAGGACUGGCGAGGGCUUUGCCGCCAAGUUCCUGCCCCUGAGGAGCAGUACGAGGACCAGGGCCUUCCAGGAGAGAGACCUGCUCUCCCGGUUGGCUCACCCCAGGGUGUCCUGUCUGCUGGACUUCUUCUCUACACGCAGGACCCUGGUCCUGGUCACUGAAGCCUGCUCUACUUAUGGUCUUCUUGAUCAUCUGCUGUUGAAGGGAUCGGUCAGUGAGAUAGAGGUGCAGAUGUACGUUCAGCAAAUCCUGGAGGGAGUUGGUCACAUCCACAGCAUGAACAUACUUCAUCUGGACAUCAAACCGGACAAUAUCCUGAUGGUGUUUCCACCCAGAGAGGAGAUCAAGAUCUGUGACUUUGGCUUCUGUCAAGAGAUGGACACUUCCAGACACCAGUAUAGCCAGUUUGGCACUCCAGAGUUUGUAGCACCUGAGAUCAUACAUCAAGACCCUGUCACUAUAGCAAGUGAUAUCUGGUCCAUUGGUGUUGUGGCGUAUUUAUGUCUGAUGUGCCGCUGUCCGUUUGUGGGGGAGACGGACCGGGCCACUCUGCUGAGGGUGGGGGAGGGGACACUGAACUGGGACGCACCUGACCUCACCUACAGGAGCACAGAGGCCCAGGACUUCCUCCGCAUGGUCCUGCAGCCAGACCCAGAAAAGCGACCAACUGCAUUUGAGUGUCUGGGGCAUGAAUGGUUCCAGAGCGAGGAUGAAACUGAUGACAUCAACACAAGGGCUCUGAAAGUCUUUAUCUCAAGGAGGAAAUGGCAGCGUUCUCUGACCUGCCUGGGCUCGGUCCUCACCCUGAGGUCCAUCCCAGAGCUGCUCGAUGCCCCUCCUCGGGAGACCUCUGUCACAGCCCCGCGGGACCCCCACGAGCCCAGCAGCACCUCAAUGAGCAGCGGCUCCUCCUCGGAGUACGACGAGGCCGACGCCUGGGACUUCUUCCACCACAGCACCACCACAGAGGACGAUGAAGAUGAGGAUGAGGAAGACUUCGAUCUCUUCAUGGAGAGAGCCAGGAUCCCUGAGCCCUUCGCCAAGCUUAAAUUGGACAAAGAGGAGGAGGAGAGGAUCAUAGAGGAAGAGGAGAUGGGAGGACAGAGGAUCGUGCUAGAAAGGAGCAUAAGCAGGCAGUCCGUAGGGUCCUCGGACACCUCCAGGCAGCCAACCCCCCAGAGGGAGAGGAGGGUCAGCCGAGACAGCAGCCCAUCUUUGUACUUCUCCGAGGGUGAUGACAGCUCCGUUUCCGGGAGUGAAGGAGGGCGCAUCGCCAGGAGCAGCCUGAUCCACAGCACCUUCUAUGACAGCUCCGCGCAGCUCUCGCCCAUGUCCGCCCGCCACAUGACCCUCAGGGACAAGUUCCAGGCCAAAAAACAGGAGAGGGGCCGCAAACCGCACCGCAGCAGCCUCUCUAGCCGCCUUAACGAGCCGCUCAUUGAGUACAUGGAGGACGAGGGAGAUACCAAUCACGGGCAAAGGCGAGGGUCUUUGCAGUCGUCCAUGCUCAAGUCUUGCUCCUUCGACAGCGGGGUCGGCCUCUCGCACAAUGCACCCCCGCACAGGAGGAGCAGGUCGUUGGACGACUACUCCCGACGCUCACCAGGAUCCACCAAACGCAGAGAAGAGGAAGGUGCUUUGAGUCUUAAGGAGGAUUUCACUGAUGAAGAGGAGGACAAGAGCUUAGUCGUUGCCCCUCCCCAGAUCAAAGGUAGAAGAGGUUCAGUGGCAGUGGCUCCCGCGCAGCUUAUAGCCAAGCUUCAGAAACUGGGUGCAAAAUUGCCCCAUGCUGGUCAAGAAAAGAGCCCUAUGCCAGAGCAGGGGAGACCAGGGGAGGAGGAAGUGGAGAACCUGGCUGGCUCGCAGGGCUCCCUGGCUGAGUCCUUCAUCCUCGAGCAUGGCUCUGAGGCCUCCAGCAGGCUGGGCUCCUGUGAGGAUAUGUCCCACGGCCGCCCUUUUGCCACACAUAGAGGGAGAGCAGGGGAUGAGUAUGAUGACCAGGAGGAGCCCCUGAUCACCCCAUCCCCCUGCUCCCUGCUCCAGGCAUCUGAGGUUGAGGAUGCUGAGCAGGAGCCCCAGCGCCGGAGAGGCCAACUUCAGAUCCCACCGAGAAGGACAACACACCCCAACCAGAACCCAACGGACAGAAAUAAGGGUCCGGUAGAGAGAAAGGUCCUGCCGGUGAAACCCAGUCCCAGUCUGUCCAUCAAGGCCCCAGAGAGGCCCCCAAGGGCCAGAGACACAAAGGCACGACUCCAGAGGCAUGCGUCCACACCGGCCCUCCAGGCCAAACCGCCCACGGGGAAGUCUCCUAGGAUGUCACCCAAAGUUGGGUUAAUGAAUCUGUUCCGCAGGCAGUCCUGGGCAGGGCAUUCCUACUCCCAAUUGGAGGGCGCGGAGCAGGGACCCACACUAGGGGAAUUGGAGCCCCAAACCCCCACCAUGUCACUAAAGAAAAAGAUGAGGGCAUCAGCCUCUAGCCUCACCAAGCUGUUCACUAAAUCGUCCAGCAAGGAGGACUUAACGAAGGGAGGGCCAAAAAAGGGUUCAUAUCCUGUUCCGCCUGAGCAAGAGGCAAGCCCUGGCUUGGAGAGCCCAAAAAAGAAAUCCAAGUUCUUCUCCUUCAAAAUACCUAAAAUACCUGCAUUCAAAAAGAACAAAGAAAUGCCUAUCCGCCCCACCAGGCCUGAUGUGCACCAGUUGGAGGCAGGUGGAUUUCUGCUGGUAUGGAGACCAAUGCAGUCCAGCGACCCAGUGGUUUACGGUGUUCAGUACAGCACAGAUGGUGUGGAGUGGAAGCUCCUGUCGGAGGAGGUGACAGACAGUUGCUACGUGGUGAAGGACUUACCCAGAGGAGCAGGAUACGUGUUCAGGGUUGGCUGCAUCAUCAAGACAGGCACGGGACCUUUCAGUGACCCUUCUCCACCUGUUGUUAUGGCAACCCAUCCUGAAGAGACCCACAUUCCCCUCAUCCAGACAGAGUCCCCAGGUUCAAAGGGCAGUAGGUCAGGAGGUCAACCUAGCCACAAGACCUACAGCUUCCUCUCGGAGAUCAACAGGGGCCGUUUCAGCGUGGUGACCCAGUGUCAGGACAGCCAGAGCCAGCAGCUGUUUGCUGCCAAGAUCACCCCCUGCAGGCCAGAGAAGAGACAGCUGGUGCUCAGAGAGUACCAGCUGCUGAAGAGGCUCAACCACCCCAACCUGGUGCAGCUGCACACAGCGUACAUAACCCCCUACUACCUGGUGCUCAUCCAAGAGCUGUGUGCCGGCAGAGAGCUGCUCUACAACCUGGCUGAGAGAGACCUGUAUUCUGAGCUCCAUGUCGCAGAGUUGCUGGCUCAGAUCCUGAGUGCUGUGGACUACCUGCACGGCCGCCACGUUGUCCACUUGGACCUCAAGUCAGACAACAUGCUGGUGACGGACGGCAACAUGCUGAAGAUCGUAGACCUGGGCUCCGCUCAGUCCUUCACGCCCGGACAGACACUCAACAUAGAGCAUAUUCAGGGACAAGAGAAAGUUUACAUUGUCCUUCCUAAAGCUCCGGAAAUCCUUGACGGACAAGGAGUCGGACCUGAGACUGACAUCUGGGCUAUUGGGGUGUUAGCUUUUAUAAUGUUGAGUGCAGAUAGCCCGUUCCACUCAGACCUCAACUGGGAGAGGGACAGAAACAUCCGGAAGGGGAAGAUCCAGUUUGGCCGAUGCUACCCUGGCCUGUCAGAGGCAGCAAUCACCUUCAUGAAGAACACACUGAGCAACAAGGCCUGGGCCAGACCCUCAGCGGCUGAGUGCCUCCAGAUCCCGUGGGUACGGGGUGAGCGGGCCACCUCCAAACACAGAGACUCCAUCUUGUGUUUCUCCACCGACAAGCUGCAGGCCUUCCUCAAGGAGAGACAGGUGAAACGAGACCAGGUCCGCACCAAGCUGCAAGGCCCGUUCUUCCAUUGAUCUGCUCUUCCAGUAGACUGUUAUGAAAUACAUGAACUGGACUUGGAUGCCUCUUCAUAGCCCAGAUCCUGGUCAUAAAUAUGUGAUGUCUUACAAAUGUUAACCUAAAAUGGAAACUGGUCAAAUGUGUAUGUAUUAAUGGCUGUCUAAAGUUAAGUGUUUGUCUGAAUGAGUUUGGCUUUGGUUGAAUUACAGCGUCAUGAUAUCAGGGAAAUGUUUAGUUAGAUGCUUUAUGCAAAUACAUUUGCACGAGUUUGAAAACUUGAAAACGUUGUUCCUUUGAGUUUGCGGCAUUGGACAUGACAGAAGUUAACAUUUAAUGAGCUAGAUUUGUAGAUUUUGUGAUUUAUUAGCCAAAGCGACAGAUAAGAGGGUUCAUGUGCCCAAAGCAUAGCAAGGGCCCCUACCAGCAUAAAGCUUUGUCUCACAGAGAGAGGAACGUUGAAAUCCCUAUGGGUAGAUACAUAUAGACAGAUAUUUAAAUAUACACUGUAUAGAUAUUUAGGAGUGAAAUAUUGACACGAUUGCAAUGUUUUACAUGUUUUCAAUUGUCUUGUUAUAUUGUAUAAAUGGAGAAUAAGAUCAUGAGUAAAUCAAGCAUUUUU